AUUUUUUUUUUCUUUUUAAUAUACUACUAUUAUUUACUCGACCCCUAAAGAAAUCAAAGAAAUAAAAAUCAAAGAUCAUGAAAAUUUAUAACCAUACCCUGUGGUUAAUUAACCGUGGUCAUGAUGCCUAAUCUCGUCGACUACGUUUUAUUUGGUUCUUUUUAAUAUUCCAUGAUUUAUUUUUGUAAUUAUAUAUAUCCGCAUAGGUAGACAUUGUUCGUCAGUUAUACGAGAAACUAGGGCUUUAGAUUGUGUUUUCUUUACUUUGUUCUUGUUAGGUGGUUUUGGUGCGUGUGUGUUUGAUGGCGAAUCCUCCCUGGACAAACGAAGAGAUGAAUCAUCAUAAAGCCUACUCCGGCAACUUGACGCCGCCGUCGGAGAGUUCAUCGUUGAAAAGCCAAUCGGGAAUCGCCAUGAAUUGGACCUCUGAAGAAGACGAACGUCUGGUUCGACUCCUCGAUAGUUAUUCGUCGGAAUCGAGUAGUGCUGUUACACGUUACUCGAAAAUCGCGGCAGGUUUUGAGAACAAGACCAUCAGGGACGUUGCUGUACGUAGCAGAUGGAUACAUAAGAAGAAAGAAAACGCCAAGAGAAGAAAGGAAGAUCACAAUGGGUUGGGAAGAGCCAGAGUUGACAAUAAGGAGAUUAUUGAUAUGGUGGUGGCUUCACAAGUGUUUCAACCAUCUCAACAUGGUGUUGAGAACCAGCUACUUAAACAGAAUGAGCAAUGGUUCAAUCAGAUUUUUGCAAAUUCCACAUCCUUAAGCCUCAAGGAAAACUUAGACCUUUUCAGCAAAAUCCGGGAGAACAUCAAUAGCCUUGUCAAAAAUUUGAAUGAGAAUGUGUCGGAGACAUGGAAGCAGAUGCCACCAUUGCCGGAGAAGUUGAACGAUGAGCUAUUUUUUUAUCUCUAUAAAGCAAUCUCUCCUUCAUCAAAUCUACCAUGAAUGACUCAUUCAUCUUCUUCUUCUUUGCUUUUUUCAGAACUUUCUUCUAAAUUGAUUCUUUCAAUUUUUAGGUUUUUUUUUGUUUCUAUCUCAGCAGAAAAGCAUUAGCUUAGACCACAAGUUUUAGACUUUUGU